AUGAUGUGAAAAAUGGGUUCGAACAGGCUAGGUCCAGAUGAAAAUGGUGCUCGGAGACGCCGAGCGCACACUAAAUCGCGUCGAGGAUGUCGGAACUGCAAACUCCGUCGUGUCAAAUGCGAUGAAAGACAUCCUCAAUGCCAAAAGUGCUUAGCGUUUGGCGUCGUUUGCAAUUACAACACCUCCCAUAGCCAAGAUCUGCAGCCGAAAUCGCUUGAUAAAACCAGCAGGGCUCAUCCGGAAGGCUCAUUUGGUGAAGUCAUUUUCAAUGUAAAACCCCGACCUCAAUCAAUAUUGCUGCGCCCGGCGACGGUAAUAGGAUCUGGCCCAGGGUCCUUCCAAUUGGACUCAAAGAGUAUCGGUCGCUUAGAUCGGUUCCUCCGGCGUACGGUCUACACAUUUGCUGGCAAUCACAACUACACAGUCUACCAAAACCAUGUGACCAGUAUCGCCAUCGAAGUGAGUUAUAGACUUUCGUUCCUGCUAGAAUCUCUUUCAAUCGUGAGUGCCAAUACUGACCACGUUUCCGUACAGAACCCGUUCCUGAUGCAUGUCAUUCUGACUUUGACUGCGAGACACGACCGCUUUCUAUCCUCGCCGAAAGACCACACAAAGCGCUCUAUUGCCGAGGCGUACCACUGGUCACAAGGUGCUGCACUGCUGAAUCGGAAGCUUUCAGCUCCGAUUAGGCCUCAGGAUCGCGACGCCCUUUGGGCUGCCGCUGCCAUCCUCGGACUCUUGAGCAUUGCCGACAUUGAAGCCUCUACGCCCUGGGAAGCAUGGCCUCUCAAAUCCACCGAGUCGUCAGAUUUAGGCUGGAUGGAUAUGUCUCACGGCAAAAAGGCAAUAUGGCAGGCAACCGAUCCAAUGAGACCGGAUAGUAUCUUCCGUGCGAUGAGGGAUGACUAUCGUACUCUUAUGACCAAGCCAGCACUGUGCGAAGUGCACGAUAUGCCGAAAGAUUUUGUCGAGCUCUGUCAGUUGGGCAGAACGGCAGAACCUACGCAGAAUCCAUAUUUCACUGCCGUCUCCCUGUUGACUCGACUGUGGCAUCUGAAAUGCACCCAAGCCACGAUGACGAGGUAUAUGCAAUUCCUAGGCUUUAUGGAUCCGGUAUUCAAGUCCUUGUUACACGAGAAAGACCCUCGGGCGCUCCUCAUUCUCGCUUAUUGGUACGGGCCGAUGAGUGAUUCUCUGUGGUGGGUAGCCAGGCGGGCCAGAUUAGAAUGCCAAGCCAUCUGCAUGUAUCUGGAGCUUUUUCACCCGCAUGAGAAGGAUAUCCAGUUCUUGCUGGCGCAGCCUAAGAAGCAGUGUGGACUGCUUACCUAGAUGUGACGCUUUGAUGAAGGAUACGAGUCAGUGAAACUAACGAUGGGAUAGUUAGUAUCGGAUACACAUGCAUAUGAUGUAAACGAAACUAUUAAGAGAGAGAACUUGAGGUAGAUACCUUAAAUUGCAC